GAGUGGAGUGUGUGUGCUCGGCACUUCUCGCUCAGCAGUGUGUGUGUGAGUGUGUGUGUGAGAGUGUGUGAAUUCUUCAGCAUCCAGAGAUUAAACUCACUCCCAUGAUCGAUAACAGGAGAUCACUCAGAUCACUCCAACUACAUGAGAUAUCUGGUGCAUGUCGUGUGUGAUGGGUCUGAAGAGGAAGCUGGGGCGGGAGGACGAGGGCGAGGGCGUACAGGAGCCGAAGCUGAGGGCGGUGGUGUUGGAGGAUGCUGAGGAGGCGUACGCUGUGCAGAGGCAAGCGGUGCUGCAGCUGUCCCUGCAGAAGCUCUGCGCUCAGGUGGAGACGGCUCUGCUGCGCCGCGUCCUCAUCACCAACACGCUCAGACACGUCCAGCAGGAGCUCAGCAAGCAGGGGGCGCCGAGCAUCGCCCCCGCAGCCGGCGCAGACGCUACCGGGGUCGACUGCGGUUCCGGGGUCGAGGUGGAGGGCAGCCUGACGCCGGCGUGGGUUCUGGAGCAGGAUGGGGAACUGUUCUUCUCGCUGCAGUCGUCCGUCCCCGCCCACUCGUCCACGUCCCUCUCCAGAGCUUAUCAGAAGGACAGCUUUUCCACGGCGUUGGCUGAAAUUGAGGACUUGUGUCCUACGUUAACUUCGCUGGACACUUCUACGUCUAUGUCGUCUUCGUCUACCUCUUCGUCUACAUCCUCCAUCUCCUCACUCUCUCUCUCUUCGCUAAUCACCCAACUGGACCCUCAACAAAAACAGACUCAAAUUCCUACUGGAUUAAACUGGUCAUGUGAUUACGCAACCUCGUACAGCCCCGUUUGUCUCCCAGAACUUUCUCUAGACGAUUUCCUCUUCUCGGACAUCGACAACUUCCUGUGUGAGCUGAAUGCUUGCAGCCAAAACUCGAGCCUGACCUUACCGUCGGGCUCAACGCCAUCCAAGGUUGUCUCCAUAACGGACGACUUCAUGAGGAGCCUGAGCGGCCAGCAUCUUAAACCGGACCUGAACGAGCUGGACCAUAUCAUGGAGGUGCUGGUCGGCUCGUGAAGAACAUCAGAACAGAACCCAAAUUGAGAGCUUUGAACGAGCACAAGACGUUUAAUAAAAACACUGUUUCUACAGCUAGUUCAAGAAGUACAGGGGUUGGACAAUGAAACUGAAACACCUGGUUUUAGAGCACAAUAAUUGAUUGUGGUGACGGACAGUUCUGGUGGAAACAGGAGAGUUGAGGUGCACAUUGAAUUCUGUUGUGAUUUGAUCAGCCGUGGUUUUAUGUUUUUGGAUACAAUCCGGGUUAGCACCCGAACAUCCCUUUCAGACAGCUUCCUCUUACAGCGUCCACAGUUAAUCCUGUUGGAUGUGGUUGGUCCUUCUUGGUGGUAUGCUGACAUUACCCUGGAUACCGUGGCUCUUGAUGCAUCACAAAGACUUGCUGUCUUGGUCACAGAUGCUCCAGCAAGACGUGCACCAACAAUUUGUCCUCUUUUGAACUCUGGUAUGUUUUCCAUAAUGUUGGGUGCAUUGCAAUAUUUAGAGCAGAACUGUGCUCUUACCCUGCUUAUUGAACAUUCACACUCUGCUCUUACUGGUGCAGUAAUAUGCAAUUAAUGAAGAUUGGCCACCAGGCUGCUCCAAUUUAGCCAUGAAACCUCCCACACUAAAAUGACAGGUGUUUUAGUUUCAUUGUCCAACCCCUGUAGUUACUGUAAUUACAACAACUCUAUGCUCCCAUCACUGGCAUUGUAAGCCUGUUAGUUGGGAGCAUUGUCUAAAAGCACUGUAUUUCGGAAUGCCUGGCUAUAUUGACUUUAUUACACUAUGUUUUCUAGAGCACCGAGUGGUCCAGUAGUCUAAAUCACUGCCAGUAUGAUCGGGAGGUCGCUGGUUCGAAACCCGGUCAUGUAGCUUGCAGCUCGCCAUCAGCUGCCAGAGCCCUGAGAGAGCACAAUUGGCCUUGCUCUCUCUGGGUGGGUACAGUAGAUGGCACUCUUUCCCCUCGUGGGUGGUGUGGAUCAGCACAAGCAUGCGUCUGUGAGCUGCUGUAUCAGAACCAAGUCGCUGCUUUCCUCCGGAAAAAAAAGAGGCGGAGCCUCGGAGGCGUGUGCUAGUCUUCACCCUGUUAUGGCAUCACUAGUGAAAAGGGAUGGAUGGGACUAAAACUAAAAAAAUCGAUAUACAUGUUUUAAAUGAGGCCCAUAUGGUUCUAAACCCCUUUAACGGAACCUUAAUUCAUAGUGUAGUUUGGAGUGUAGAUAAAAUUUGGCAAUAAAGCACAAACAGGUCAUUUAGAGAUGAAUUCAUCUAGAUUUAUUUGGAUUGAGCUACAUUUGGGGUAAAACUGUAAUGUUUUUAUGUUUUUCGUACAUUAAUAAGUUAAACGUGUUUAUAUGUUUUAAAUAUGAGUCAAACCUUUUUAAUAGCUUAGAUACAUCACAAUAUAAUAAGCGGUUUGCAGGUAUUUGCAGUACUUUUGUUUCUGGACUGUGUCCAGAGAUGGCCUGGUAAAUUCUGUAGUCAUGUAUUUUUUUUACAUGUGGUCUUAUUUAUUUUCUAUAUGGCGGAGUAAGAUGGUCUAAUUUAAGACAGGGAUGUAAUAUAUUAGAGAUAUUCUUCUAAUGUUAUGCCUUAUUUUUUGUUAUCGGUUUCUACUCUACUUUUACAGAUAUGAAUGUCACUCUAUUUUAAUACGGAAAUUAUGUUUUUAAAAUAAAAAAUAUGUACAAAUGA